AUGACAGACAUCCAGGAACCAGCAGGCCCUCGCAACGACAAGACCACGAAGGAGGAAGAGGAGUGGGAGCUGGUCGAGGGCGCGUCGACGAGGGUUACUGGCCCGGCUGCUGCGGCGGCGGAAGAGAAGGACAAGGAGACAGAGAAGGAGGAGGAGAAACAGGAGAGCGAGACCGACAAAGAACAGGCCGACACACCUCCCUACCCCCGCCGCCGGACCGAGGCAGACUGGGACCUUACGGGCGACUUCGCCGUCUCCGAGGCCGAGUACGUCGGCCAGCAGGAGCGCUCCCGGCUCAAGCGGUGGUGGAGCAAGGGCACCAAGAAGCUCCUGGGCAAAAAGGUGACCAAGGCUGUCGCCCCCCGACAGGACCCGCAGCCAGCAGCUACACGUGAAGUUGCUCAUGUCCCCUCGGCUUCGGCUUCGGCAUCGGCUUCUGCUUCGGCUUCGGUAUCUCCCCCCUCCGCCAGGACGAGGCAGCCCCGCCGCAUGCAGUGGAACGAGACGGGCGGGGACUGGAGCGACGUCGAUGGCAACGAGGCACGCGAAGGCUCCGGCUCGGACUCGCAGCACGCGGGGGGCUGGCGAGGACAGCGUGGCGUCGAGGCUUCCAAUGCCAAAUCUGACGGCCCCACGGCCAUCUAA